AUGUCGCUCCCCAGUGCAAGAUCGGGUCACUCAUCCAAUAGUCAGAAUAUCCAUCAGACCAUUGCGUCCCCUUCGUCGAGUAGGUUGUCGUUAUCGACUCCUUCGCCUGUGCCAAGUAGCGUGGAUGAGGAAGAAUUGGCAGGCGACGAAGAGAUGAUGAACUACAUCAAGCGGCAACAGGCGAAGAGAGUCGCUGCUGGAGCUAGUCAGGAGGAGUUGGAUGCGCUGCUCCGAUUUCCGGAGCCCAUUCCACCCGCGAGUCCAAUGUCGCCCAAUGCCCUACUACGGAGCAGUCAGGCUCAGUGGCUCUCUGACUAUGAGCGGAAGGAAGUCCUUGACUAUCCGAACGUCUACUACUACGGUGCUCGCAGCGACAAAAAGCCUGCAACGCCCAGUAAUCCCACUAACAACUACAGUUACGACGACGACCGUGGGGACUAUCAGGUCGUCAUUGGCGACCACUUAGCGUACCGCUACGAAGUCGUCGAUACCUUGGGUAAGGGGUCGUUCGGUCAAGUGCUCCGCUGCCGCGAUCACUGCACUGGCGAAUCGGUGGCCAUCAAGAUCAUUCGUAACAAGAAGCGUUUCCACCACCAGGCCUUGGUUGAGAUCAAGAUCCUAGAGAACCUGAGGAAAUGGGAUCAAGACGAGAAGCACCACGUGCUCAAGAUGACGGAGCACUUCUAUUUCCGAAAUCAUCUGUGCAUUGCGACAGAACUCUUGAGUAUCAACUUGUAUGAGCUGAUCAAGGCCAACGGUUUCGUGGGCUUUACGACUGCUUUGAUACGACGCUUCACGAGCCAAAUGCUCGCAUCCCUUUCUCUGAUGAGAAGCCAUCGGGUGGUGCACUGUGACUUGAAGCCGGAGAAUGUCCUUCUCAAGCAUCCUGCCAAGAGUGCUAUCAAAGUUAUUGAUUUUGGGAGCAGCUGUUUUGAACACGAGAAAAUCUACACAUACAUCCAAAGCCGUUUCUAUCGAUCACCUGAAGUCAUCCUCGGCAUGAACUAUCAUAUGGCUAUUGACAUGUGGAGUCUGGGUUGUAUCUUAGCCGAAUUGUAUACCGGCUUCCCGAUCUUCCCCGGCGAGAACGAGCAAGAACAGCUAUCGUGUAUCAUGGAGGUUUUGGGAGUGCCAGAUAAAGACUUCGUCAAUCGCAGUUCUCGGAAGAGAAUCUUUUUCGAUGCAGAUUCAACUGGUGCCCCUCGACCGGUCGUGAACUCUAAAGGCCGGCGAAGGCGCCCCGGGACGAAGACCUUACAGCAAGUUUUGCGGUGCGACGAUGAACUCUUCGUCGACUUCAUCAGUAAAUGUUUGGUCUGGGACCCUGAAAAGCGCAUGAAACCCCAGGCUGCCUCCCGGCAUCCAUUCAUCACGAGUGGCAAGCGGCCGAAGAUCCAAAAUCCUACGCCUGGAACUGCCAAGGCUCUGCUAGCUUCCGCUACCAACUUAUCCAGUAGUCGAAGCAAACCAACGGACACACCCAAGAAGUCUCAAAUCAGUGCCCCCACACCUCUCACUGCUCGUAUCAGCCGGACGAAUACCUCUAUUGUUCCGAAUACCCCGAGCUCCUCGAGCUCUCAUGCAACGCUUGGCUCCUCUACGAGAGGCUAUCGGGCAUCGCAAUCGCACACCCUCUCUUCAUACCACUCAAGUCGCUCCAACGGCUUUGCUGUAAGUGAAGAGUGA